AAUUUUUCACAAAGACUUGAAGCACAAAAAUAUACUCUUUCGAUUGAGCGCAGUUAUUUGAUUAUCCAAGGCAGCAUAAACAUCAAAGAUCUUUUUCUGCAAUAUAAUAUAGAUUCGAAAAACCUUGAAGAUCAAAAGAUUGAAUUGACCAAUAAAGCUAUCAAGGAUAUUCAAUUAGACAUUGAUUUUGAGAAUGCAAUAAAUAAUAAUAAUCAUGAAACGAAAAAUUAUGAAGAAACAUUUGAUCGUAUUGAUAAAACAUACACUGGCAUUAUUCAAAGUCUCAAAGAUGAAAUCAGCAACAUUUCUAUUCCUAGUUGGAGUAACUUUAAAAAUCGACUUCUUUUUGCGAAACAUUAUGCAAAGGGUAUUAAUCAGCUAUCUCAAGAUUCAGAAUCUCCAGUAAAUAUUUCAACUUCAAAAGUGUUCCAUGACAAAGAAAAUAAUAUUCGUGAAUUGAUUAAAAAAUACACUACUAAAGCAAACAAUAAUGGCUGGACCUUCUUUGGUCUUUUUAAAUGGCUGAAUAAUUCAGCUUACGAAAUCAUGAAUAAAAUAAAUGAUGCCAAAAAAAUUCCAGAUAGCGAAUUUGCAAAACAAAUUUUUGAUCUAAAAGAUGACAAUAUUGCAUCCAGUUUUUUAAAAGUAUAUGAAGAAUGGAGAAA